AUGACCGUUCGGAAGAAUUAUGCCCCAGAGGUCCUCUUAAGUGCUCCGAGGAGGUCUGCAGCUCUUCCCAGUCCUGAUGGAAAGCUCGCGCUAUACACGCAGUCGUCCUAUUCUUUCGACACACACUCCCGAGCCAGUGAAAUAUGUGUCAUAGAUCUGGCUACGGGCCAGUCAGUCACAAUCAGCAAAGACGCCAAAGCCACGGAGCCGCGAUGGACUGGUUCCGGUCAUGAGGUAGUCUGGCUGAAGGAAUGUGAAAAUGGAAACACGAGCUUCGUCAUUAGCGAUGCCACUCUUCCAGGGAAGUGCUACACCGCCGGCACCGUGGCAGGCACAGUCUCAAACCUCAAGCUCUUCGUCAUCGAACCUGGCAAGGUGGCGAUUGCUGUUGCCGGACGGGUCAAUCCAGAUGGAAGCCUUUAUAAUCCCAAAGACGUCCAGAAGCCGCACAGCUCCGCGCGCCUAUACGAUUCCCUCUUCGUUCGACAUUGGGACACGUAUGUCACUGACCAGCGCAACAGCGUGUUCACAGCAUUGUUGCAAAAAGCUCAGCCUAUGGUCACUUCGCGACAGGGGCGAUAUAGUCUGCUUGGCUUCAAGAAUGCUCUACGAGAGACCAAGCUGGAGUGCCCGAUCCCACCUUUUGGAGGGACCGACCACUUCGAUAUUGGACCGACUGGACUGACUAUUGUGGCCAAGGAUCCAGACCUCGAUCCUGCCACGCAUACCAGAUGUCACUGCUAUUUCAUCCCCCAAAAAGACAUUUUGGACAUGAGCCCACCCAUCUUCCGCAGGAUCCGCAUCCCGGGACUCCUCGGCGCUGCCUCAUCCCCCGUUUUCUCCCCCGGUGGCGAAUCUUUGGCAUAUCUUCAUAUGAUGACCGACGGCUAUGAAAGCGACAAGAAUCGGAUUGUCCUUGUUCAUGCUCUUGAUCAGGCCGAGCCCUCAGCAAGGGAGCUGAUGCGGUCCAGUGAUACCAAAGGUGGCUGGGACAGAUCCCCUUCCGCUUUGAAGUGGUCUGCCGAUGGAACGGUUCUGCUUAUCGAAGCCGAAGAUGUGGGGAGGGGAUGCCUCUUCGCCCUCGAUCUAGAACUGGAGGCUCCUGGACCAGACUGGCGCCCUCGCCAGUUGACCAAGAGUGGAUAUAUCAUCGAUGUGGCGCCAUUGCCGACCAAGCCCAACCUUCUCCUUGUCUCGAGCAACAGUCUUGUCGACAACAGUGUCUAUACAAUCGUCGAUCCUUCGGGUGUGGCGGAGACUGCGGUGAUCUCAUCCCUCAGCCGUAAUGGCUCGAUGUUUGGUCUUUCACCAGAGCAGGUUUCGACAGUGUGGUGGGAAGGGGCCAAUGAGCACCCGGUCCAUGCUUGGAUGAUGAAGCCCUCAUUCUUUCGAGCCGAUCACAAAUAUCCUCUCGCUUAUCUGAUCCAUGGAGGUCCUCAGGGCGCCUGGAAUGACCAGUGGUCGACUCGUUGGAAUCCUGCCGUCUUCGCCGAGCAAGGAUACGUGGUGAUUUGCCCCAAUCCGACUGGGUCGACUGGAUAUGGGCAAAGCUUCACUGACGGAAUCCGCAACCAGUGGGGUGGUCUGCCGUACGAGGACCUCGUCAAAGGGUUCGCCUUCAUCGAAUCGCAGCUCGAGUUCGUGGAUACGUCUCGGGCUGUUGCCCUGGGUGCGAGCUACGGCGGCUACAUGAUGAACUGGUUCCAAGGACAUGAGUUAGGCCGCAAGUUCAAAGCCCUUGUCUGCCAUGAUGGCGUCUUCAGCAUGACCGGGCAACUGGCCUCGGAAGAACAAUACUUUCCGGUUCAUGACCUAGGCGGACCACUCUGGGAGAGACAGGAAAUCUACGACAAGUGGGAUCCAAGUCGCUUCACCAAGUACUGGGAGACUCCUAUGCUGGUGAUCCACAAUGAACUCGACUACCGACUGACCAUUGCCGAGGGCUUGUCCGCGUUCAAUGUCCUGCAGAUGAAGAACAUAGAAAGUCGCUUCCUCAGCUUCCCGGACGAGAACCAUUGGGUGUUGAAACCUGAAAACAGUCUUGUCUGGCAUCUCGUCGUCAUCAACUGGAUCAACAAGUUCGUCGGGUUACCGAAGCUGGUCGAUCGUCAAGGCCGAGAUGGAUCUGCGUUCUGUCGGCAGGAGAGGCGUAGAAGGCCGAGCGCGUUGCGCAUGGGCUCGGCGCACCUCGAACAGUGA